UCAGAGUCGGCGCCCCUGCGUUGCGUGCGAAAGGGGGCGAAAAGACGCAAAGAAGCAACCACCCACCGUCAUGACAGGCGGCCGCCGCCCGUGGGUCCUGUCGCGUACGCCAGCCAACGCCGCCAUGCCGCCGUUCAUCAGCUAGCGACGCCAAAGGAAGCUGUGUCCCGCCGGUCGCGCUUUUGCCGAGCCGUCCGUAUUCCGCACCGCGAAGAAACCGCGUCUGCCUGUGUUCGUCGAUCUGCCGUCGGUCGGGCUGCGGUGGGCCGCCGCGGACGACAUGGGACCGCCACCGUGCUGACCCACCGGAGGAGAGGCGCCCGUUCGAUCAUCGCCACCGCCUGCCGCCAAAGAUCGAGGGUUCGACGGCGUUCGUCCCGGGGCAGCGGCAAGAGCUGUGAACCACCGUUUUCUUGUUCGUUUGGUUUGGUUUGUUUUCCGUUUUUGCGUGCCUCUUCUGUGACGAUACACGCGCGCGACGCGCGCUCGGACGGAGGACAUCAUGAGCCACCUCAGUGCGAUGUACGCUACCAAACGGCGCCGCCGGAAUUCCAAGAGCGUACGAGUGGCACCGAAGGAAGGCCCCAACGGUCAGCCGGUCAAGUCCAACCCCAGCAAGCGGCACCGGGAGCGUCUGAACGCCGAGCUGGACACGCUGGCCAGCCUGCUGCCUUUCGACCAGAACGUGCUCUCUAAGCUGGACAAGCUCUCCAUACUCAGGCUCAGCGUCUCCUAUUUGCGCACCAAGAGCUACUUCCAAGCGUCCUUACACCGCAACAUGGAGAGGCAUGACGCGCACCAGCACAAGAGCAGGGAGCUGCUGUACAUCGAGUCACUCGUCGAAGGAGAUCUCAUCCUGCAGGCGCUGAACGGCUUCCUGCUCAUACUCACAUGCGACGGAGAAGUUUUCUACGCAUCUCAUACGGUAGAAACGUACCUGGGCUUUCAUCAGUCAGACAUCUGCCACCAGAGCGUCUACGAGCUGGUGCACUCGGAGGACCGCGAGGAACUGCAAAGGUUUCUGCUGUGGAACUCGCAGCUGCCUUCCGAUCGCAGCGCCAUCUCUCUUCAGGAAGCUCUCUUACCAGAGAACGCGCAGUACCUGGAUAGGAAUUUCACCGUGCGUUUUCGUUGCCUGCUGGACAACACCUCCGGCUUCUUGCGGCUGGACAUCCAGGGCAAGAUCCGCGUCCUCCAGGGCCAGAACCACAAGACCGAGGAGCCGCCGCUGGCGCUGUUCGCCGUGUGCACGCCGUUCGGGCCUCCGUCCUUGCUCGAGAUGCCGCAGAAGGAGUCCAUGUUCAAGAGCAAGCACAAGCUCGAUCUGGCGCUAGUCUCCAUGGACCAAAGGGGCAAACAGCUGCUCGGCUACGCGGACUCGGACUUCAUGAGCCAAGGCGGAUACGACCUGGUUCACUUCGACGAUCUUGCCUACGUGGCCAGCGCGCAUCAAGAACUGCUGAAGACGGGUGCAUCGGGGCUGAUCGCUUACCGGCUCGCCACAAAGGACGGCAAGUGGCAAUGGCUGCAGACCAGCGCGAGGCUGGUCUACAAAAACUCCAAGCCGGACUUCAUUUUGUGCACGCACAGGCCACUCAUGGAAGAAGAAGGCCGGGACUUGCUUGGCAAACGGACGAUGGACUUCAAGGUCACCUACCUGGACGCCGGCCUGACGACGUCCAGUAGCUGCUCUUCGACGAGCAGCGAACGGAACAGCGCAGGGAGCAGCAACGUCGGAGGCGGCGGCGCAAGCAGCGGGACCAACUGCAACGCCAGCGCCGCCGGUGAAGUCGGCGGAGCGCCUAUGUCGGAGAACGACUUCAUCCUGCGCUGCCAGCGGAAUCGACGCUACAAGUCGCAGAUACGCGACCUCCUCAGCCGCGGGAAGCGGAGCAAGGGAUCCUCGGCUAGCAAAGGCCCCACGCCGCCACCGCCACCGACGGCAUACAGCAUCGAGGACUACGGCAACAUGUACGCGACCGCAGCGGCAGCACCGUACGCUGCCGCGGCAGCUGCGGCGGCCGCGGCGGGCGACAGCGGGCUUCCGCCGGGCUACGGCGUGGCCCAGAACCUGUUCCUGGACAACUCGAGGUUCCUGGCGCCCGAGAACUUCCUCCACUACCGACACCUGAGCGGGUACUACGCGCCCGAGUACCCGCAGUACGGCAACGGCUUCCUCGACCCCGCCACCAGGCUGGAGCGUUGUAUACUGUCUGCCGAGCUCGCGUUCAUCUGUGCGGCAGCACCAAAACGUCGGCGCGAUUUCUCCCAAGAGUGCUUUCAAAGCAGCUCAGCUCUUAUUGCUUUCCGAAAUCCACCGUUAACGAAAGAAGAAGAGCAGUCUAAUCGUCUAUACACGUCAUUGUCCAGGUAUACCCCCUACCAGGAGCAGAAGGAUGACAAGCUGUACGCCUGUCAGCUAGACAAGUACAACGGCGUCCAAGCGCCCAAGGCCUCGUGCUGCGAUCCCUACGGCGCCGUGCUCCCAGACAGCAGGCAGCUCGGCUUCGGCAGCCUCUCGGACUGUCUGCUCAGGCCAGCCAAGGCGGCUGCCGUGCCAGCGCCCAAGGAAGACAUGACGCGGCAGAGCGUGCUCAUGUGGGGCGCGCCCCCACCUCCCCCUCCUCCGCCGCCACCGCCGCAUCCGACCCCGCACCCGUCUGGCGCGUCGGCGGCGGACCCCGGCUGCAAGUGGGGCGGCCUGGCGUCGGCGCCCAAGACCAGCUCGCCGCACAACAGCUCGAGUCCCGUCGGCGCUCGGGUGGCCCCAACGCCGUAUGCCGCGGCGCCAACCUAUACGCACGAGAUGGUUCCAGAGGGAUGGCAGAUGGAAGCUAUGGCGCCUUGGAGACCACAUUUGCCUGCACUUGGUUAGGGAACCAAGAUGGACUUCAUCGGAAGUGAACAAGUACAGUGUGCACUCCUGUACAGGCUACGAUGUCAUCCAAGAGAACUUGAUGGAGCCUCCAAGAGCUGCCGCCUUCAUUGCAGAAGCCUUGCCAAGGAGGAAAACAGCACACUGAACUUUUAACACUGAACUCAAUGACUGAAUGUGCGCGAGUGUGCAUAUAGCUGGACAGACCUCCAAAGAAAGGAAGCAGAAAGACUCAUGACCGGUGUUUCAACCAUUACAAACAGGACUGCAUCAUCAUCAUGUGUGUUUGUGCUUGUGAAUGUGACUUUUCAUGAAUGUGGCUUUUCAUUGUUGUCCUA